AUGGAUACAGAAGUUCAAGAAGGGAAAGUAGAGGCCACAAGCAAAGAACUCCAGAGAAUUAUUGAAUGGGAAAAAGCACUGAGACAAACAAAGACACAAAUACCUACAGCAGCUGAACUUCUAAGGCACAAAUUUUUCCAGAAAGCAAAGAAUAAAGAAUUUCUACAAGAAAAAAUGUUGCAGAGAGCCCCAACUAUCACUGAAAGAGCCAGGAAGGUCAGGAGAGUCCCUGGUUCCAGCGGACGGCUUCACAAGACCGAAGACGGCGGCUGGGAAUGGAGCGACGAUGAACUAGACGAAGAAAGCGAAGAGGGCAAAGCGGCAAUUUCACAGCACAGGUCUCCCAGAGUGAAAGAAUCCUUGCAGAACUCUGAGCUGUUUCCAUCAGCUGAGCCAACUGGACCUUUGCUCAACCUCCAAGACCAGCCUGCUGCUCAACUACCUCAGCCUGCAGGUCAGGUUCCUGCGCAACCUCCUGUUGCUGCCCCCGGUCCAGCCUCUCAGACCCCAGCCGCAGCUCCUUCGGCAGCACAGGCACCUCCUGCACCUACAGCACAAGAAGAGCCCAAAAUUCCAAUCAGUCUCGUUCUACGAUUAAGGAAUUCAAAAAAGGAGCUGAACGACAUCCGAUUUGAAUUCACACCUGGAAGAGACACUGCAGAUGGAGUAUCGCAAGAACUCAUCUCGGCUGGACUCGUGGAUGGCAGAGAUUUAGUCAUAGUUGCUGCGAACUUGCAAAAAAUUGUGGAAGAGCCUCAGACGAACCGAUCGGUCACUUUCAAGCUGGCAUCAGGCGUGGAAGCAUCCGAAAUCCCCGAUGAUGGCAAACUUAUUGGAUUUGCUCAGCUCAGCAUCAACUAAAACAACACUCCCCGCUUAUGGUCGCAACCCAUAGGUGCAACGUACGAAUACUUCUGUUGGCCAAAAAAAAAGCGAAACCACUCCUGCCAAAGAACCAAACCUACGGGCCCUCCUCGUUCUUAGAAGCUUUAACUUCAUUUGUUCCCAAGUAGCAUCAAGGAGGUUUACAACACUACUGCCUUGGAGGCAUUUGGCUUCUGUUCCACCCACCCACCCGCUGAUUUUGCAUUUCCUGCCUCUCAAUUUUACCCCUCCCUCCCUUCCUUCUCUCCA